GAGUGUUGUCCGAUUCAAAUUUAAGCUCAAUGAAGCUCUCUUUGGGUAUACGUUUUUAGUACCUCACAAAUGUCGCCAGCAUUAGGAGGGGAUAACCACCGCUGAAAAAUGUUCUGAUGUUCUUCUCCGGGUCUUGAACUCAGGCGUUACUGUGGCCUACAUUACUUAUCUUAACCCUACUAAAAGCGUCAAAAUUUAAGAUUUUUUGAUCAAAAUUCGCUCUUUUUAUUCGAUUCCUUAAUUUGCUUGUUGGAGUUUGUAGACUUUUUGGGUGCCCAGGGAACCAGCAACAAUGCUUUAUCUUUAUCUCUAUAGGUAUACGAAGUGCUUGGUUUUAAGAUUUUUCAACCAAUUUCGAAACCAAAAAGGAAAAUUUAUACAAAAGUAUUUUGAUGAUUUUUCAAAAUUUAAUUUUUAAAACCAUUAAAAUGCACUGCUAAUUGCUUCGCCAAAUUUCACCCAAUUGCAUAUACAUAUAUACCUGUUAAUGUCCUGCACGUGUAACCUUCGAAAAUCAAAUAGGUAUAUUCCAAGAACUCUACUCUUAUCAAAACAACUGCUCCGUUGCCUAUUUUGCAAUUUUCUAAUACAUACGGUCUUCAAAGGGGCGUAAUAAAGUAAAACAACUAAAUUGGCUUUAGAAUCCCUCAGGUAAAGAUUGAACAACGUUAAUCAGAUAAGAUUUGUCAUUUGCCACAGGUAUAGGAAAUGACGUUGUACACCAUUGACAGUAUAAAAUGUUACAGAUUUAGGGCAAAUUUGAACAAUUGGAAUUCACCAGGCGCCGAAAUCACAUUCAAUGGCUAGUAAGAUGCUGUACAUCGAACUAUUUUUGUUACUCCACUUAACACAAGGAACGACAGCUCAUAAUAUGAAAAAUGAUUUUAUAAUGGACACUAUCGAUCAAAUGCCAGUUCCUAACGACAUUAAGGAGUUAACUGGAUACGAGUUUGAUCUGGCCGAUAUAUUGGGUUUCGGCAAUGAUCAUCAUGAACGACUUCCGAGACAUCUUCCCCUCAAGAGUUCUGCUUCGAAAUUCCUUCUGGAGGUGUAUAGUGACCUAACGGAAAACGAAGAAGAAUUGGACCAUGUGCGAGAACAUUUAACAAGAGGCCGCCAGCGAAGGGCUCUUAGGGAAGAACGUUUUAUAACAAAAUUUGACCGCAUGGAGAUUGAAAAAUGCAAUAAUAUUGUAACAUUUUCAAGCAAAAAGGGUGCAUUAACUUCGAAUGUCAUGGCCGACUUGCCCAUUGCCACAGACAUGGUGAUUGGUUUUAAUACAAACGAUGUUCCCCGUGACCUACAAUUGGUUCAUUCUGCUCUGCGUUUAUACCAGCAGCCCAAUUUGGGUAAAUUUGUACAAAAUACAGACACUCAACAGGCGUCCAUAUCCAUUUACCAACGUGUGGUCUUGCGUAAACAAUACACUGGCGCAUUGAGAAUAUUGGCAUCGGUCAACACAACUACCUCACACAAAGGCUGGCUGGAAUUUAAUAUGACUCGCAUACUGACAAGGUGGCUGCAGCAUAAAACUUCACAGGUGGUUAGACUUAAUGAGCUGGUCAUCGGUGUUACCCUAGAAAUGGAAAAUGUGGCACAUGAAAAGAAAUCCAUUGAAAUAUUGCCUAGCGAUUUAGGUUUGGUACAACCGAAUAUCACCGAAGAUAUGAUUGAUUUGCAGCCCUUCAUCAUAGGUUAUUUCAAUGGGCCUGAACUCAUGAAUAAAAUCCAAAAAUUGCGUUUCAAGCGCGAUGUUAUCAAACGUAAAAGGAAGGCUGACUUCUAUCAGCGCAGACCACCGCCGCCACCUAUACAGGAAAUCUACAAAUUGCCCAAGACCUGUGAACGCUUAAACUUUACAUUGGAUUUCAAUGAUUUGCAUAUGCAUGAUUGGGUCAUUGCUCCAAAGAAAUUCGAGGCAUUCUUUUGCGGCGGUGAAUGCAACUUCCCCUUGGGUUCGAAAAUGAAUGCCACCAAUCAUGCCAUCGUUCAGACGCUAAUGCAUUUGAAGCAACCGAAUUUGCCAAAACCCUGCUGCGUACCCACUGUCCUCGGUUCAAUAUCCAUAUUGCAUUAUCUAAAUGAGGAUAGUGUGAAUUUGAGUAAAUAUCCCCAAAGUGUAGCCAAAGAAUGUGGUUGCCAUUAAAAGCGAUUUUUUUUCAAUUCUUUU